GUACGACGUACGCAGGGUGUUUUCAUUUAUCAGACAGAGAGUUUGUACGAGAGGUGUCUUGAAGAGAUACCCGAGUGCGCAAACACGCCAUGGAGAGUGAAAAACUAUGGGUCAGAGGUGGCGAUCGGAAUGUUCCCCGCAUCGUCCACCAUUAUCAUCCGGGUCCUACUGAUGACGUCACGAGUCACGCGGCACACAGCGCAGCCGCAGAAGCCCUGAGCAGCCCUGUCCCGGAUGUGGAAGUAGUAGAGAUCGAGGAAGGGGAGGACGUGAGGUGUGGGGUUUUGUGUUGCAAACCAAGGUGGGCAUCGUUCCUGGCUAACCCGAAGGUGUUUGCCGUGGUGUGGUGCAUCGGGCUGCUGCUGAACACAGCCGGAGGGGGAGGUUACCUCAACGGGGUACUGGCCACCAUCGAGAAAAGGUUUGAACUGAAAAGCAGUGAUUUGGGCAUCUUAGCGGCAGGCACUGACGCGGGGAGUUUGCUGGCUGUGCUGUUCGUCACUUACUAUGGAGGCAAACCCGGGGCAAGCAGGCCAAAAUACAUAGGAGUGGGUCUGCUAGUCAUGGCGGUUGGGUGUGCCCUGUCUGGCCUGCCUCACUUCAUUGCGCCUGCGUACGACAUCGACCCUCAGAGCGUAGCCAAUCAGAGCAUGCAGACACCAAAGGACGUCUGUCUUGUGAACGAGACGAGAUCGGACUGUACAGCUGAGCAGGCCGCAGCAGUAUCGGCACAGGGCGGCUGGUUUGUGCUUCUUCUGAUUGGUCAGAUCGUUUUCGGAAUGGGAUCCGCUCCUCUGUUUCCCCUGGGAACGACGUACAUCGAUGAUCACGUGAGGAAGGAGAGCACGGCUGUGUACUUUGGGAUAGGCUACAGCAUCCUUGUCGCCGGAGGAGCGGUGGGGAUGCUGAUGAGCUCCUACCUCCUCAAGAUGUACGUGGACGUGGACAAGGGCAUCGACCCCUCGUAUCUAGGGCUGACGCCUAACAACCCGCUGUGGGUGGGAGCUUGGUGGACGGGGUUCUUCCUCACCGCAGCCGCCAUGCUCGUCACGGCCUGUAUCGUUUUCUUCUUCCCUCCUGCCAUGAAGAAACCACGAUCAAACAUUAAGAGUGACGACGAUGACGACACAGAAGAGACGACGCAAAUGCUGUCAAUCACCGAGCUGGAAGGCGGCCCGCCAGUGAUAGACUCUACUCGUGGUCUCUUGGUGCAGCUGAAAGAAAUGAUGUCUAGCCUAAAAGUGAUCCUCACCAACUCCACGUUCCUGUGCUCCGCCACCGCUCUCGUUGCUUACAUCAACUCCUGGGGAGGAUCGUCAUUCACGCCCAAGUACAUAGAGACUCAGUUUGGCAUCCCCAAAGUCCAGGCCAACUUUCUGAUCGCUGUUAUUCUCCUACCAUCUACCAUUGUUGGUAUUCUGGGCUCGGGACUCGUCAUCAGGAAGUUCAAGCUCACAGCUCGCCAGAGUCUGUACUUGGCAGCGAUGUACACCACUCUGUCCCUGAUCCCCAGUAUCGCCUUACACUACAUCAAGUGUCCACAACCUCCCAUGGCAGGGGUCACCAUACCAUACGGUUACAGCCCCUACAUGCCGAACGUCCCCAACAUCACGGCCGGAGACAUCGCCCUGCUGUCCCCCUGCAACUCAGACUGUAGCUGCGGCCUGGAGAAGUACAGCCCGGUGUGCGGGAUAGACGGUGUUACCUACUUCUCGGGCUGCCACGCAGGCUGCACCGACAAACAGACCUUCGUGCACCCGAUGGGGAUCCGUCUAUCGAACUUCUCGAGUUGCAGCUGCCUUGCAAGUCUGCCAUUGGAAGUUCUGAUGAAGAUUGCUGAAAAGGCUGGAAGACCAGGAAAACCGGAUGGGGCAAAGAUACCAGGUGGCAACCCAAGACCAGGUGGCAAUCCAACGCAAGGUGGGAACCCAAAGCAAAGUGGCAACCCAACGCAAGGUGGCAAUCCAACGCAAGGUGGCAAUCCAACGCAAGGUGGAAACACAACGCAAAGUGGAAACCCAACGCAAAGUGGAAACCCAACGCAAGGUGGCAACCCAACACAAGGUGGCAACCCAACGGAAGGUGGCAACCCGACGCAAGGUGGCAACCCAGCGCAAGGUGGCAACCCAACGCAAGGUGGCAACCCAACGCAAGGUGGCAACCCAACGCAAGGUCGUAACCCAGCACAAGGUGGCAACCCAACAGCAGGUGGCAACCUAACGCAAGGUGACAACCCAACGCAAGGUGGCAACCCAACGCAAGGUGGCAACCCAACAGAGGGUGGCAACCCAAGACCAGGUGACACUCCAACGUCAGAUAGCAACCCAACGCAAGGUGGCAACCCAACGCAAGGUGGCAACCCAACGCAAGGUGGCAACCCAACGCAAAGUGGCAACCCAACUCAAGGUGGCAACCCAACGCAAGGUGGCAACCCAACGCCAAAUGGCAAUCCAACGCAAGCUGGCAAUCCAACGCAAGGUGGCAACCCAACGCAAGGUGGUAACCCAACGCAAGGUGGCAACCCAACGCAAAGUGGCAACCCAACGCAAGGUGGCAACCCAACGCAAGGUGGCAACCCAACGCAAAAUGGCAAUCCAACGCAAGGUGGCAACCCAACGCAAGGUGGCAACCCAACGCAAGGUGGCAACCCAACGCAAGGUGGCAACCCAACGCAAGGUGGCAACCCAACGCAAAAUGGCAAUCCAACGCAAGGUGGCAAUCCAACGCAAAAUGGUAAUCCAACGCAAGGUGGCAACCCAACGCAAGGUGGCAAUCCAACGGAAGACAGCAACCCAGCGUCAGGUGACAAGGGUCCCGGAAAACCACCAGGUCCCCCUCCUAAAAGAAUGCCACAAAUACAGAUGCCCAGCUUCGCAAUUGGAGUCCCGUGCCCGCAGAACUGCAAAAAGCUAAUGACUGGCUUCGUUCCUGCUUUCGCCGCUUACGUUCUUCUCGCCAGCUCUGCAUUGGUUCCCUUGCUACUUGCGACUUUAAGGUCCCUUACACCUGAGACCAAAUCAUUCGGGAUGGGAGUGGCUGUGUUAAUGAUGAGACUCUUGGGCUUUAUCCCUGGAGGGAUCUACUUCGGAGCUAUGAUCGACAGCACGUGCGCGCUCUGGUCCUCCAUCUGUGGCUCCACGGGCGCCUGUCUUCUCUACGACCUCGGCAAGUUACGAACCAGCUUCUUCGGGCUAUUGCAGGGCAUCCAGGCCGUGCAGAUCGUCAUGACGCUAUUCGCUGCCUGGAUGUUUCGGCGACGCGAGAGGAGCGAUCCGAAGAGCAAAGUCGGUGGACUCACGACCAGAGACAUCGCAACAUCCAUGGGGUCACUCGCAGCAUCAAUGUCAUCGCUGAGGAUGGUUGGUGUGAUCCAAAGCACCUCGCAUAAAGCUUCAGACAACAACGUUGCGAGAGACUCGGAACAACCCACCAAAGUGUCUCAGCAAUCUGAAGUAACUGUUGUAACCCCAGUAGCCUGUGGCGAAAAUCCGAACACCCCCCAACCGAAUGUCGACCCACCAGCAUAUACGGACGCCCUGAAGACCGAUGAACAGCCACCGGUACCUCAAAACGAAAAUGCAACCCAAGUAGUCAAAGACGGCAAUCCAAACAACCUUUCUGCAGAUACAUCCGACAUCAAGGAGUAUCAACCACCACAAAGCGAAACUCCAGUCACUGUGGUUCAAGACGACAAUCCAAACAACCCGUCACCAAAUACCUUCAGCAUGGAAGAUAUUGCAGAACGUGAAACGUCCCGUUCUGAUGCUCUGGUGACUGACGAAAAACUAUCUCAAAACGAAAACGCAACUCCAAAGAACCAGUCAACAAAUGCUACUAUCAAGGAAGAGCGUGCAGAAGUUGAAACCUCAAAUUCGGAUGCUCCGAAGACUGAUGAACAACUACCCGCAAACGAAAACGCAUCUCCAAAAGUCCAAGACGGCAACCCAAACAACAUUUCAACAAAUACCGCCAGUAUGAAAGAGAAUGCGGAACAUGAAACCUCCCAGAAAGAUAGCCACCCUCAAGAGAUCCAAACAGGUCACGAAAAGCAAUUGGCCAAUGGUAAUGGAACCAGCGACGAGACGAGUGCUGUAAAUGACGACACGCCUGACAACAUGUCAAGAAAUACCUCCAGCCUUGAAGAGCACGUGGAACCCGAAAGCUCCCAAACGGUUACUAACUUUCAAGAAACUUCAACAAGUGAUGAUCAUGAAGAGCAACCAGCUAAUGAAGCUAACGACGAAGCAAAUGCUGUAGAGGAAAUGCUGCAGCUUGCAGAUGACCAAGUCACGCGGGCAGUCGACGGAGAUCCUCAAGAUGACGACAACCAAGAGAUGCAGGCUCCAGCAGCAGUAUCGGAUCCAGGGUCCAGCAAAGCCGAUACAGGAAGUCCGCAAAAUGCUGUCAAACCGACGGAAGUUGUGGAGGCCGAAGUCCACCCGGAUCACUCCACCAUUCCGGAUGAAAACCAACAUGAUGAAGUGAACUCAGACGAAAUAGAUGAGUCUGCUGAUGAUGAGGUUGCCGAAGGGCAGCAAACCGUAAGUGAAGAAAAUGAAGAAAAUAGCGACAAAAUGCGUUUUGUCUGAAGGAGUUCGUAGAUAAGAAGAAUUGCAACGGAUAGAAAUACAUGUAUGUAAUAACCUAGUUGUUAAAUUGAUCUAUAUUUAUCAUCAUUCCCUAAAGAGUAUUACCUUGAAGUUGAUCUAAACUUAAAUUCAAAUUUUAAGCCAUAGAAUUGUUAAAGAUACGAAUUGGCACUGAAGAGUUUGACUUGAAAAACAAUAAAACAAUACGUACAUUUGAUUCUAUAGUACUAGUAAAAUGCAGUAAUCUGUGUAACGUUAACAUUAAGCGCUAACAAUUUUGGUUGUUGAAUAUGAUAACAUUUUAAUCCCAUUAUCUAUCUAUUUAUCAGUCUUAAAAAGUAGGCUACUGUCUGUUCAGUCCCGAAUAUUAAGUUAUUUUUAAUUCAU